CUAAACAUUCAAUCGCUGUCUGAGUUGCAAUAUGGAUACGCGCUGUCCUCGGUUCUACAAUUCAAGGAUUUAUCUGCUUUAAAAAUCCUUUAUGCAGGGUUCAACAGCAGCAAGGCAGUCGCCUUCGUCAUCACCUUGGGCUGCAGACCAUCAUUCCCGGCAGCUGGGCGAUAUCUUGAACACGUCGCCUUUCCAUAUACAACACCAACAUCCAACCUUCACCGGCGCCAUGCCAUCACCGUUUCUAUUCCCCAGGGAUUCGUCCGAUGGCGGCUCUGGCGGAUCAGGGAUUAGUGCGAACUACUUUGGCCUUCCCGUGGACAACUAUGGCAGUCCGCCAGGAUCCAACCCAGGCUCACAUGCGAAGAAGAAUUGGGACAUGUUGUCACAGUCAUAUUCCUCAAUACCCAGCCCAGGAUUACAGAGGAUAUCACCAAACCUAGCCCAGAAGCAUACGAUCAGUCUGGUUGGCGGCAACUCUCAGACAGGCCCAGGAAGUCCCUCGCGAUCGGGAGACCAUGCCACUCCCCAUUUUGCCACCAACCGGCCGGAUUCACGAACGAACACGGAAUCUUCUCGCUCUAUGAGGAACGACAUCCAGGCAGGUGGCUUUCUGGAACCUCAUAAUAGCGAUAUUCUUCAUGCCUCGCCGAUGCAAAUAUCACCUAUGGAAAACUUUCAACAAGGACAGUCCAACCAAGUAGCUUCCUUCAACUUCCCAGAUACAUACUCUCCCAACAUAUCUCAACCUACUUCAUCGACAAAUACUCCAGGCGAAGGCUAUUUACCCAAGAGACAGCAAAAUUUUAGCUUGUCUUUACCAGGAACUGCGCAUUCCCCUUUAUCAAGCUCAAGUGGCGAAGAUCAUCGGCGCGCGGAUACACUCCCGACACCUAUAGAUCAAUUACCCAUCAGCUUCAUUACGGUUGAUGACUGUGGACGGUUGCUCGAAACAGCAGCAGAGAUGACACUGUUGCUUGAUAUUAGGCCGUAUCCCCAGUUCUCACAGGCAAACAUUACAAAUUCACUGAACCUAUGCAUACCCACGACACUUCUGAAGAGACCGUCAUUCAACACAGACAAGCUCAAGGACACAUUCAUCAACGAAUCUGAAAAACAAAAGUUCUUGUCUUGGAGACAAUGUGCUUACAUUAUAGUAUAUGAUUCAAGUACGGAACAACCAAGGGACGCCACACCGCUCAUGAACGUACUCAAGAAAUUCAAGGCCGAAGGCUGGCGUGGUGAGGGAAGGAUAUUGCGUGGAGGGUUCGCCGCCUUUGCCAGCCGCUUCCCAAAUCAGAUACGACAGCAGCGUCAAAGCAAAGCGAAACCAACGGGAACGCAAAACCGUCCCAUGACUUUGAACCUUCCAUCGACUUUACCAGUAGCCGGCGGUUGUUCGCUACCAGAUGCGGCUGCUGCUGAUCCAUUUUUCAGUAAUAUUCGACAGAAUAUGGACUUGGUCGGUGGCGUUGGUCAGAUGCCAUUGAAACUCCCGGAUGCUUUGACGCCCCAUCAUAAUAAAAAUCUUCCGCAGUGGCUUCGCAAGGCAUCUGCCCAGGAAGACAAGGGACAUGAGGUGUCACAGAAAUUCUUGAAGAUUGAACAACGCGAACUACAUCGCAUGCGCGAAGCCCUGGACUCUCAUGCCAAUUAUGAUGAAAAGUCGUCAUCGAAUAAAUUCCGCGUUGCAGGAAUCGAAAAAGGGUCCAAGAACAGAUACAAUGACAUCUAUCCAUUCGAUCACUCUCGAGUUCACCUUCAGGAUGUUCCCUCUGGCUCGUGCGAUUACAUCAAUGCAAGUCACAUUAGAGCGAAGCUCACCAACAAGACAUAUAUUGCUACUCAGGCACCUAUUCCAGAUACAUUUACCGAUUUCUGGCGUGUCAUCUGGGAAAACGACGUCCGUGUGAUUGUAGCCCUUACGGCUGAAGUUGAGCGAGGUCAGAUCAAAUGCCACUCGUAUUGGAAUACCAACAGCUACGGUCCUUUCAAAGUCAAGGCUCUCGGAGAACGGCGUGUGUAUGUGGACUUGCCACAAGAUACAGCUACACCAACACAGCCUUCACCGGCCUCUGAGGGGAAGCCCUCCUCUGAAGGUCUGUUUAACGCAGGAGACGAGCGACCUUAUAUUGUUGUCCGCCACUUCACCCUCUCCCACUCUACUUAUCCCUUCCAGCCAAUCCGAGAAAUCACCCAACUUCAAUAUUCAUACUGGCCGGAUUUUGGAACGACGUCUCAGCCGAGUCAUCUGUUGAAACUCAUUGAACAAUGCAACAAAAUUACAAGGAGAAGCAGUGGCCUCGAUAUCAGCGCGGAAGAGGCGGAGCCACCAGGCCUCCGGCCUAUUGUAGUCCACUGCAGCGCCGGAUGUGGCCGAACGGGUACCUUCUGCACAGUCGAUAGUGUACUGGACAUUCUCAAACAACAGCGAGCGAAACGGCACCGGCAUAACGAUAGUAGUAAUAAGAAUAACGACGACAACGAGAAAUGGGUUUAUGACGACUCGACGGAUCUGGUCGCCAAGACAGUUGAGGAUUUCCGAACUCAACGUCCCAGUAUGGUGCAGAAUCUGAGUCAGUUUGUACUUUGUUACGAAACAGUUUUGGAGUGGGCUGUGUCGCAUAAUACAUAGAAACGGCAUUUUUGAAGUCAUUCAUAAAGCCAAAGUCAUAGGGAGGAGUAUGCGUUCUAUGGUUAUGCGUACAAGGUAUAUAGCAUUAGAGGAUACCCUAUUUUUCUUUUCUAGUCUUAGGAAACAAUUUAGAUAUCAUUGUAUGACCAUUUC